AUGCGUGAUUCUGCGCAAGCGCAACAAGGAAGGAAACGCUUCACCAGAAGGUCCGUGGAAACAGGCCAGCUGCGGACAUCGUGACGAUUUUAUAGCUAGCUACCCGCCACUUAAUUUUUUGGAACAUAUCAAGAAUACAGACACAGUACGGGUUUGGAUCAACCAGCUCUUAUCAUCAGCGAACAUGCCCAAGAAUAAAGGUAAGGGAGGUAAGAAUCGUCGACGUGGUAAGAAUGAGAAUGAAUCUGAAAAGAGAGAGCUGGUGUUCAAGGAAGAUGGCCAGGAGUAUGCCCAGGUGAUCAAGAUGCUGGGGAAUGGAAGGCUGGAGGCCAUGUGCUUUGAUGGUGUGAAACGUCUCUGCCACAUCCGGGGGAAACUGCGGAAAAAGGUUUGGAUAAACACAUCUGAUAUCAUAUUGGUGGGACUCAGAGAUUAUCAGGACAACAAAGCUGAUGUCAUACUUAAGUAUAAUGCAGAUGAGGCCAGGAGUCUGAAGGCGUAUGGCGAGCUUCCUGAGCAUGCUAAAAUUAAUGAGACUGAUACCUUUGGACCUGGCGAUGAUGACGAAAUUCAGUUUGAUGACAUUGGAGAUGACGAUGAGGACAUUGACGAUAUUUAAACUUGGCCCCGUUAUUUGCAAAGAGGAAGUGGGACUCCUUUAUCUCUGCAAGACAGGACUGUGGCCGGUUGGCUCCCAAGCAUGAGCUGGAGUCUUUGUUCUGUCCCCAUACAAGGUGGUUCAAAAAUAAAUUUGUCACUGGUAACACAGAAUCAUUCUUUACACAUGUUUUGUUUUAUUGUAUUUAUAUUUUAUUUCACUUCAUGUGAAAUUUAGAAUCAAAUGCAGACUAUCCGAAUAAUAAAAAGUUCAAACAUUUUAUGUUUCAUCUGGUAAUUUGUUUUAUUUUGAUAUGUUCCCAGAUUAUCGUGGUUAUAAUAAAUACCAUCAAACGUUGAACAUUGGACAUUGGUAGCAGCAGUUUUUCAUUUUCAUGAAUUGCUUAAUCACAUACAGUAUCGGUAGUAUUACUACAGUGACUUAAUUAAGGUGGAUUAUGCAGAGUUCAAUUAAUUGAUUUUAGGUUUAUUAUUUUUGGAUUAACAGUUUUCUUCUGUCUUCUGUUCUGAGUAGAAAUUUAGAUCAGCCUUUCAUUGUUAGAAAAAUGACUGUUUAGAGGACGACUAAGACCAAUGAGCAAGGGUUUUCUGAACCAGGACUUGACAGUUUUUAGAUAUGCUUAUAGACUUGUACCAUUCUGCUAUAAACAUAAGGGGUGUAGAAUGGGCGGUUCCUACACGAGCCUGUAAAUGAUCUUGUAUAAUAAAUGUUGUUUUAUGUAUGUAUUGAAGAAAACAUUUUGCAGUUACACCAGUGUCCACAUGAUGAUGCUGUUCUGACAAAAUAUAAUUUCAAAUAUACAAUAUGCAGUGCUCAGAAAGCCCUUGUAAAAAGGAUGGAAGUAUUUUACUGUAACAGACUCAAAUGUGUAUUUUUGUAACUUGCCAACCUGAUUUUAGAACUGAAAUCAAUUCUUUGGCCUGACGAAUAAAUGUUAAAGGAUUCUGGUUUGGGCACAAAAUGAAUUUGUCAAACAACAUUGAGUGUCCCAUGCAUUGAUUGUGGUUUGAUUUUCAUUUCCUGUAGUGUGACUGGCGCGCAUCUCUUCCUGUCAGUAUCACAGACAAACCUUUUGUUUUUCCCUUCUAAACUUUAGCCAUAUCUUGUAUGAACCUUUAUCCGUGUCAUUCAAAGGAAUUCAGAUGGUUGAUGUCUGCCCUCAGUGAGACAGUCAUCCUUUAUGACACCUUAAUAAACUGCAACGUCUUCAUGCUGCCUUCAGUGGAGUGUUCCUUGUCACUGGCUUAUUGAAAUGAGUUUGUUUUCGAAGGGAAAUUGUGCGACCUUGCUAAAUGGACAAAUUAAACAUUAGUUACCCAAGCUCUGGACUUAAGAGUUGUUGUCUUUGUCUUUUGAUGACAACCUGAGAUGCACUAAAAAUGUAACAUUACUAUUAAAUAUUCAAUUUAGUUCUCCAGUUAAGCAAAGUUGUGUUGUAUAGUGUCCCGUCUUUAAUGAGCUGUUGCAUGACUGGCCUUUAUGGGAUGGUUCUGUGUACGGACGAGGCUGUGCUGUGCACCUUCUUGUUGAUGUUUCUUCACUGAAUUCAUACGUCCACUUUCAGAAGUUGAACCGUUCUCUUCCCUGGAACAGUCCAUAGCUUAACUUAAUGAUAUCUGUGAUUGUAAUAAAGAUGAAGGCCUUGAUUCAGUUUAACCACAGUUUUAUUAUUGGCUGUGUUGAUGUUAAGUAUGUAUCGUAGUCUGUUACAAGAUUUAUUUCUAAUUCCAUUCACCAUUAAAUUCUGUCUGUCUAAAGUAUGCAACACUAUUUUGUUCAAAUAAUUAGAAAGCAUAUUGUGAUUAGAUUGAAUCUUGGCAAACCGCUGAUUGAACGGAGGUUGUGGGGAAAGCCUAUGGUCUGGUGAGACCCAUCCACUUUAUUCACAGCUUUUUAAGUAAACUCAACUUGGAAUGCGGAAGUUCAGCUAACGCCCACUCCUUAGUAAAGCUGACCUUCAAAAGUUGUGUUUAUUUUAAAAAGAAAAAAAAGUUGCCUUACAAUUUUAAGUUGUCCUGAUUUUAAAUUAUAUACAUUAUAUACAGUGUUGUUUGAACAUGUUAUGAUUUAGCAUGGCAGUAAUGCAAAAUUAUGUCCAUAAACAAAUUUCCACAAAUAAAACCUCUGCUUUUUGUCUCCUUGA